CUCCUCUUUGACAACCAAGCCAGAUAGAAUCUGGUCUCUCACGAAAACAAACACUGCAACAUCCUUCUCAUCGAAAUCACUACAAACAUCCAAACAUCACAAAAGCCAGCAUCGAGCAGCCGGAUCAUGUUUAUCGCUCAGCUAGGAGCCGUGGCGGCUCUGGCCAGCCUGUCUCGAGGCUUCCUUAUCCCUCCCGAGAUCUCCUCAGCAGACACCGAUGUCAUCAAGACGCUGCCCUUUGAAGAUGCAGUCGGAAUGGAAGGACGGGUGAUGGAGAUUAAUUGCCCAGGCUGCCCAGUUCUGACGGCUUUCAACGACAAGACAAGCUCAGUGCAAGCCGAGUCUAUUCUUCAACUCAACUUCAGCCUCUCCCACCAGGACGGACCCGAUAAACUUCUCUUGAACGGGGUGCAAAUCUAUCCUGUCGAUCCAACCUCCCAGAGUUUCAUGGAACCUCUCACUGCAUCGCAGAUGAUCAAGGGUGCAGAUGAUACGUGGCAAUACGCAUCGAAUCCCAAGCUGGGAUACUCUCUCGCCAUCGGCCGUCAAGCAACAUCACCCCAGGAUCAACUUGACCUACUAGCGGUUCACUUGGAGAUCGUCGAGGUAGCCGACAAGUUCAUCAAAGGCCUCCCAACCGUCGACCUCCAAAUCCUCGAGACGCCUUCUGGAAAGCUUAUGCUCGGAAACAGCGGAAUCACCGCCCCAGCGAACCUCUCCAAUCCCACAGACGACGACCGCGAGUGCACAACUCUUCUCUGCAAGUGGCGUGUGAUUGUUGCAGAUCGUCUGGCAGCUUUGAAGAAGGGAUGCGGAUCUAAGCGUCCAUCUCCAGAAGUCAGACCUGUCUUUGUGCCAAAGCCUCACCACAGCAAACAUCCACACAACAAGCAUCCCGGCCACGGCCGUCCUCGCCCCCAUGGAUCUCACCGCCCAUGGCGCCAUCACCAUAGACACGGCAGCCUCUCCAGAUUCAUCCGUGGCAUCGUCUUCCACGUUCUGGUACCAGUUCUCAUCGGUGUCAUGGUUGGAAUCACUGCGAGCCUUAUCGGUAUGGUGGUUGGACAUAUCGUUGUAUUCACAUGGCGCAUGCUCUUCCGUCGUGGCCAGAAUAAGACCAGGUACGCGGAAGUCAUGCAGGAGGAGGCUGAUGAGGAGUCCGAGGAUGAAUCGAAAGGGUUCCUCGAGGCUCAGGGCCCACCUCCCCAAUACGAGGAUGCAGUGGUGGAGAAGAAGGAUGCUGAGUAAGUGAUGUAUUGUGAUAGAAUUUCAACAAUGGAACGAGAGAGGAGUUAGGGUUGGAAAGUGGAUAGGAUGGGAGGAGUUAUCAUACGGGAUGGAGUGGGUUGGAUUGGAUAUCUGAUUGCAAGCAACGCAGACUCUCUUUUAUUGUGUACUGUACCACUACAUAGGUUCCUUUUUAGACACCUUUUCAGGAAAAGGGAAUACAACGGGCGUGUAUUGUUUGAUAGCUUCUAUCUUCCAUCUACCCGCAAUUGUUCUGCCCUCGUGAUGACCUACAUGUCAAUUCUACUCUCACGUGUGUAACUCUCAAAUUUCGGACGCCUUGAAUUUGACUUCGAGGAAAGCUCCUUUUGAAACUUCGAGUGCGAUAUUUUCAAACCUACCGUCGCAUGACAAAGUCUAUUCGGAAUGCCAUCUUGCUUUCCGCGGAAGAUCACUGCGAACCAGGUAUACAAGCACCAUCAAUGUCUUAAUCUCGGG